AUGGGGGUUGAGAGCGGGAAGGGCGGCGCCGCGCUGCCGCCCGACCGCCGGCCCUUCAGGCUGACGGCCCCCGCCCCUCCCAGCACGUGGCGUCGCAACCUGGGAAUGGCAGCCGUCACGCUGGUGUUCAUCGGCACCCUGGUGGCGAUGCCCAGCACGGGCCUGUCCGGCUUGGUGGGCUCAGCCUCCCAGCACCUCACCAUAGCCUCCCUGCCCGUGUCAGCAGCCGCGGCACAGCCAAGCAGCAGCGACACCAAUGGCAGCGUGGAUGGGCAUGGCAGCAGCACUGAUGACGGCAUCGUCGGCGCCAGCACCAGCACCGGCGGCGCCGAUGCAUCUGAGGGCAGCAGUGCUGGUGCGGCCCAAUCGGCCGGGGCAUCUGGGGAAGGUAUCGCUGCGGCACAGCGAGGCAGCAGCAACAGCAGCAGCGGCAGCGAGGAAACCGAGGAGGCUGAGGAAGGCAGCAGAGGCAGCGGCAGCAGCGCUGAGGCAAUCGAGGAGGCCGAGGAAGGCAGAAGCAGCAGCAGCAAGGAGGCUAAGCAGGUGGCAGAGGCAGACAGCGGCAGUGGCAGCAAGGAGGCAACUGAGGCGACAGUGGAAGGAAGCAGUAGCGGCAGCAGCAGCGCCGAGGGAACCGUGGCGGCAGAGGAAGGCGGCGGCAGUGACGAGGCAGCGGAGGCCGACGAGGAGUCGGUGGGAGGCAGCGCGGGAGAUGAGGCCGACCUGCCGUGCCGGGAGAGCGGCUACUGCAGCGUGGGCAAGCUGCAGGCGUAUGUGGGGGAGGUGGACAGCACAGAGGGCUUCAGGGCCAUGCUCAAGGCCAGCUGCUACAAGAAAGAGUGCAUCAUGCUGACCAUAGGGAGCGGAGGCCACCUGCUGGGCAUGAACUUUGUGGCGGGCGCCUGGAAGCUGGGCUUGGCGAACGUGAUGCUGCACGCGACCGGCAACGAGUCGUGUGCUGUGCUGGCGGAGGCUGGGUACCACAACGUCACAUGCGUCUGGUCCCACCGAGACUGGUUCCCUGUGAAGAAUGGCACGUGGCAUAUCUUCGAAGCAGAGGAGCAGUGGGCUGUGCGCUACAUCUUGAUGGCUCGAGCCGUCUGGCACGGCUACAACGUGUGGCUGCUGGAUACUGACACCUAUCUGUACCAUGAUCCAUACAAGUAUCUCACGGUACCGCCCUUCAAGGACAUACACUUCAUGUCUCUUGACGAAGGCGGCCACACCAUCAACGGCGGCUCCUCCUACAUCCACAGCGCCGCCCCCGGGGGCCCCGCCGCCUGGACCAUCGCCCGCAUGUGUGAGCACAUGAUCCGCCUGAACGAGCAGUGGCGCUUUGUGCUGUCCGACACGCUUAUCGGCAACUACCUGCACCACCCCGCCAUCUUCUUCACGCUGUGGGAAGCACCAGGCCUGAGCAUGGAUGUGGAGCCCCAGGUGCAUUACGACGACCCCGGCGUGCAGCUGCACUACCCGCCCGCCUGGGUCAACCUGACAGGGACGACUGAGGAGAAGGCUCAUGGGUUCAACCUGACGAUCCCGUACCUCAACGGCACCUGGAAUGAGUCCAUUGCCGGCAAGCGCUUCCCGCCACGACGCAACUACUCCCAGGCCUUCAUCAAGAUGCUUGAGGAGGAGAGCGGCGGGGCCAAGUACGCUGAAUUUGAGGGGUCGCCCCCCAAAGGUUACGUUGCCCCUCCGAACGAAAACUUCAUUUUCAUUCCAGGCUGGUUGCUUUCGGCCUGGCUGGGCCGGGGCGUCGCCGGCUGGUGGAAUCUGCCGCCGUACCCGCCUCAAGUGAUGAUCCAUGCGCUCUUCGUGCCCGGUGAGGUGCACGCGGGUUGGAAGAAAGAAUACCUGCUGAAGGCCAGCGGCGCAUUUAACUUUGAGGUGUCGCAGGCACUGAACGGCCAGCUCUUGCCGUCCGGCACGCCCGAUGCGCCGCUGCCGCGCGUGCUGGCCCUGCUGCCCGGCCUCAACCUGCCCAGCGAAACGGCGCUGGAGUACAGGGAUAAGCUCCUGCAGCUGGUGCGGCUGGCUGGCCGCACGGGCCGUGUGAUGCUGCUGCCAGACCCCGUCUGCAACUCGACUUGGCUGGGCUUCGGGGGCGAGAAGCCCAGCGUGCGGGGCCACCGCAAGAACGAGUACAACAUUGGGCUGACGCUCACGUACGGUCUGGAUGAUGACCAGCACUGCAUGUGGUGGAAUGUGCUGGACCUAGGCUGCAUGCCGGGCAGGUACAUCCUGCACCCAGACUAUCUGGAGCUGGUGCGGAGGCUGCCACAGGGCACCGCUGAGCCCGGCCGCGGCAACACAGUGCAGCUGGGCAGCCUGGAGCAGGGGCCAGGGCAGGCGCAGGAGCCGGAGCAGGGCCAGACCAAGAAGGAUGCAGAGCAUGCCGAGCAGCAGGCGGAGGCGCAGGGCGGGAGUCCAGCGGGCGCCCCCCAGCCCGGCCCACUCCACGCCGUGCAGGGGGGGGGGGGCGAGCAGCAGCAGCAGCAGCCAGCGCAGCUGCGGCAGGCCAAGGGCGCCAGGCUGGCGGCAGUUGCGGAGGCAGCCAAGCAGAAGGAUGGGCCGCACAUCCUCUUCCUGGAUGCCAUCCCCGACCUCACGCCCGGCGCCUGGCCGCAGCAUGGCAAGGCAGACGAACAUUGGGCGGCUUGGACUGGUAGCUGUGUCUGGGCUCGAGACGACCCUCCAACUCCAGAGCGCCGCCGGCUGGGCGAGCGGUGGCGGGGCCCGCACUGGGCAGGAGGGCGGCAGCGGGACGAGGCCCCAUGGCCGUCCAGCCAGCUGCAUUUGCACAGCGAGUGGGGAGACCUGUAGCACGGGUUGUUUUGUCCCUGCCCCGUUUCCCUUAGCUACCUCGCUGCCUCCUUCUACACAGCGACAAGACUGCUAUCCUUGGCCACAUUUCUUUAUCUGUUUGCGCACCAGUCAGACAAGCGAGGAAGUGGCUCCAUGUAAACAGGAAGGGGGC